GGAACAGGUGGAAAAUUCUGUGUGUCGUUUCAAAUUGUUCCCGAGCUCGGAAGAGAAAAUCGACACUGUGAAGGUUUGACAGCCGUAGCGAUCAAACAGUUUACGAAAGUCCGAGUCUUUGAAUUUCUAUCAUAUCCCAAACUUCGAAACGGUCGCUGCGACUUGGUGAAUCUUUCUAGCGGUUGACGGCGGCAACGAUGAUCAGAAAGAGGGAAAGAGAAAACCCGUGUGGGGUUUGCGGGCACUACCAUAAGUACGAAGAAGGCGAGGUUUGCGGGAUUUGCGGCCACCGGAUUCCGGAUUCCUCCACCGACAAACCUUCCGUCCACAUCAGCGCUUUCCCUUCUGAGAUCCUUCCGGACUUUCUCUAUCUGGGUAGCUACGACCACGCCUCAAGGUCCGAGCUUCUGAAAACCCAGGGGAUUUCUCGGAUUCUCAAUACAGUCCCUGCUUGUCAAAAUCUUUACAAGAACUCCUUCACCUAUCAUUGCCUCCAAGAUGACAAAACUUUGCAGUUUGAUGAAGCCAUCCAAGUUUUAGAACAAUGCGAGAACGAAAAGGCUCGUAUUCUUGUACACUGCAUGUCAGGAAAGAGUAGGUCUCCAGCAAUUGUAAUAGCUUACUUAAUGAAGUCCAAGGGAUGGAGGCUUGCACAAAGUUACCAGUGGGUGAAAGAACGAAGACCUGCUGUUGAAUUGACUGAAGGGGUAAACCAGCAACUGCAGGAGUACGAGCAGAGGCUACUCUUGUCUGCAGAUAACACCGAUCCUGGAAUUCCAGCCUUCCCACCAGCUGGCUCACCAUCUUUUAGCUUUGGAUUCCCAAAAGUCUACAACGAUCUAGCACCACCUCCAGUUGCUACCUUUCCGGCUUUCAGUCCCCCCGGUGCCACCUCAAUUUUCUCGCGCCCUCUGGAUGUACCUCUGCAGGAGUUCCAGUUUGGGGCUGGCAUUCCUCAGGGUAACCCGAAAAGCCCUAGCGGCGGAGAUGUUUCAAUGGAUACAUAAAAUAGAAAAGCUAGGACUCUGUGAACAAUGUUUAGUAGUAGAAGCUGGAUUUGGUGCUGUAUAAGGAGUUUUGUAUUAUGAAGUAUGGAUUAUUUUGGGAGUUCUUUGAGCUGUACUCGUCACUUUUCUUGUUUCUAUACAUAGUAGUAAUUCAUUGAGGGGGGGGGGGGGGGGGGGGGGUUGUUAUUUUUGGCUUUCUUUUCCGUCUCCCUCUAUCUCGUAGUUCCCACAAAUUGCAAGGUUUUUUUGAUUGGAAGCU